UGUAGCUUACAGUGUUAUUAUUGUUCGUACAGAACAGCUGAUUCUGAAGCGGUGUAAGUUUGUGAAAAUUCGUCGUGCGUUUUCCGUCUAAAAUUAAGAAGAUCAUCAUGUUGCAACGCUGCUGGCGUUUCCCAAAGCCGCUGGCCCUGCGACGAAGUCUUACUUUGGGCUCGGUAAAUAGCCAAGCGGUAGCCACAGAAUCGCCUGAGGCAGAACCCCAAGAUGCCUUUGAGCGUCAGUAUCUUAAGGAUCGCAUCGAGAUAUCGCCUUUCCAGCGGCUGAUCCUGGGAGCAGGGUCCUCCAUUGCUGCCCUACUAGAUCCAAGACGUCACGACAUGAUCGCCUGUUUGGGCGAGACCACUGGAGAGGAUGCCCUUUGGAGUAUUUUGGACACCAUGCAGGCCAGCGAGGAGGGUCAGCGCAUCAUGGCCGACAAACCCCGCAUCCACACCAGCACUAUCGACUUCAAAUACCUGGAAACUCUGCCACCAGAUACGUUUGGAGCCUCUUACGUCAAGUUCUUGAAAGAUAAUCAAGUCACGCCCGACAGUCGCAUGGCCGUGAGGUUUUUGGAGGACCCCAAGCUGGCCUACUUGAUGACGAGGUACAGGGAAUGCCACGACCUGAUCCACACUGUGCUGGACAUGCCCACCAACAUGCUCGGCGAGGUGGCCGUCAAGUGGGUGGAGGCUCUGAACACGGGACUGCCCAUGUGUUACGGAGGCGCGGUGUUCGGAGCAGUUCGCCUACGUCCCAAGCAGAGGCGUGCGUACUUGAAGAGCUAUUUGCCCUGGGCCCUGGAGAAUGGCCAGCGGACCAAGCCCUUGAUGCCCGUCUACUGGGAAAAGCGCUGGGAGCAGAACAUCCACGAACUACGCUCCGAAUUGGGCAUUACCGUGUUGAAAAAAGCUUGAUGAGGCGCUUAA